UGUUCCACUUCCACACAUGGCUUACAAUGGAACUUGAACUAUAUAUAAAUUUCACCAAUUAAUUAAACUAUACCUCCUCAAUCAUCCUAGCUAUCAAUUAUUAUAUAAACCCAACUCUAUAUCUUUCUAUGUCUCAAACAACAGCUCAAGUUUCCAAGACCAAGCCAAUGGAAAACCUUUCACCAUUGAUUUACAAAAACCCCAUUAGAAGAACUUCUAGGCGAUCUACAAUGUAUCUUGGUGUGAGAAAAAGGCCAUGGGGAAGAUAUGCUGCUGAGAUUAGGAACCCAUACACCAAAGAGAGACACUGGCUAGGCACAUUUGACACUGCUGAAGAGGCUGCUAUAGCUUAUGAUCUUUCAUCUAUCAAGAUUUGUGGCAUUAAUGCUCGAACUAAUUUUCACUACCCUUUUGUGUCUCUUCCACCACUUCCUAUGUCGUCAUUGCCUCCUCCACCGCCACCGCCGACCCCAGAGUUGGAUCCAAGUGUUGAAGUUUGUCUAGAGAUGAUGAAUGCUGCUUCUUACGAUGGUGAUGAUGAAUCUCUUGUUAUUGCUUCCAUUUUGCAAAGUUUUUCUAAUUCUGGUAACUGUUCUUUUUAGUUUUUGGUUCCAAUGAGGCUAUGGCCUGCCUCUUAUCAAAUCAAUAAUUCUAUUUUUUUUUCUUUGCUAUAUUCAGUAGUCGUUAAUGUAAGGCUUCUACCAAAAUUUCUACAUAUUUAAUUACUUGUACCAAAAAUACUUCUUUGGGGUUUUUUUUA